AUGCGCCUCGCCGGCGGCUCCGGCUCGCCCCGGGCUGUGCCCUCUCCCGGGAAUGGCAGCCGGUGGCGGGCGGCGGAGCCCGGCGGCGGCAGCAGCCCCAGUCCCGAGGCGUGGUCGGGGUCUCCGAACGGCAGCCUGGGCGGCUGGGACCCCUUCGGGCGGGACGAGGAGCUGGCGAAGCUGGAGAUCGCGGUGCUGGCCGUCACCUUCGCGGUGGCGGUGGUGGGGAACGGCAGCGUGCUGCUGGCCCUGCGGCGCACACCGCGCAAGGCGUCCCGCAUGCACCUCUUCAUCCGCCACCUCAGCCUGGCCGACCUGGUGGUGGCCUUCUUCCAGGUGCUGCCCCAGCUCUGCUGGGAGGUGACCCACCGCUUCCACGGCCCCGACGGGCUCUGCCGCGUCGUCAAGCACCUGCAGGUCUUCGGCAUGUUCGCCUCGGCGUACAUGCUGGUGGCCAUGACCGCCGACCGCUACAUCGCCGUGUGCCACCCGCUGAAGACGCUGCAGCAGCCCACCAAGCGCUCGUACGGGAUGAUAGCGGCUGCCUGGGCGCUCAGCCUGCUGCUCAGCACCCCGCAGUACUUCAUCUUCUCCCUCAGCGAAGUGGAGCGCGGCUCGCAGGUCUACGACUGCUGGGCGCACUUCAUCAUGCCCUGGGGGCCCCGCGCCUACAUCACUUGGAUCACCGGCGGCAUCUUCAUCGCGCCCGUCCUCAUCCUCAUCAUCUGCUACGGCUUCAUCUGCUACCGCAUCUGGCGCAACGUCCGGGGCAAGACGCGCCCGGGGGAGGCGGCGGCAGCGGCUGCCGGGCGGCGGGCAGGUGAUGAUGCUGGCCCGCGACGGGGGCUGCUGCUCGCCCCUUGUGUCAGCAACGUCAAAACCAUCUCCCGGGCCAAGAUCCGCACCGUCAAGAUGACCUUCGUCAUCGUCUCGGUGUACGUCGUUUGCUGGGCGCCCUUCUUCACCAUCCAGAUGUGGUCCGUCUGGGACCAGCGCUUCCCCUGGGUCGAUUCUGAAAACACUGCGACUACUGUUACGGCUCUGCUGGCCAGCCUGAACAGUUGCUGUAACCCGUGGAUCUACAUGUUCUUCAGUGGGCACCUCCUCCAAGACUGCCUACAGAGCUUCCCUUGCUGCCAAAAAAUAAAGCUAACGCUGAGUAAAGAAGAUUCAAACAGCAAUAGCAGGCGACAGACUUCUUUCACCAACAACAGAAGCCCAACCCACAGCCUAAACACAUGGAGAGAGAUGCCCCACUCCAAAUCGACCAGCUUCAUCCCCAUUCCAACGUGA